AGCUUCAACCUGAGUCUCAGCUUCAUGCCUUCCUCCCUGAACAACAUGAGCUACAGCACACACUCCAGCUUUUCCACAAACUACUGGACCCUGGGCUCCAUGCAGUUGCCCAGCUGCUGGGUCUGGCUGGCCAGCAGUGUAUCCUGCGUUUAUGCAAGCAGUGGGGGCUCGGACUCCCAGAAAUCAGUGUCCCACUCCACCAGUGUGCAGGGCAGGUGGGGAUCUGCGGGCCUGGCUGCAGGAAUGGUUGGUGUAGCAGAUGGGGGCAUCCAGACUGAGAAGGAGGCUAUGCAAUCCCUGGCCUUCUACCUGGAGAGGGUGAGAAACCUGGAGACUGAUAAUCGGAGACUGGAGGGCAGAAUCCACGAAUACCUAGAGAAGAAGGGACCCCUGGUCAGAGAUUGGGAGCAUUAUAUCAAUACCACUGAGGACCUGAGGGCUCAGAUCUUUGCAAAUUCUUUGAACAGUGCCUGUAUUCUGCAGAUUGACAUUGCCCAUCUUGCUGCUGAUGAUUUCACAGUCAAGUAUGAGACAGAGCUGGCCAUAUGCCAGUCUGUGAAGAAUGACAUCAGUGGGCUCCAAAAGGUUAUUGAUGACACCAAUAUCACUUUGCUGCAGCUGGAGACAGAGAUUGAGGCUCUUAAGGAGGAGCUGCUCUUCAUGAAGAAGAGCCACAUGGAAAAAGUAAACGGUCAAAACCAGAUUGCCAGUUCUGGGUUGACCAUGGAGUUGGAUGCCCCCAUAUCUCAGGACCUCAGCAAAAUCAUGACAGACAUUCGGACCCUGUAUGACAGACUGACUGCAAUGAACCAAGAGGGGCUAGGCAAGUACUGGUACCAACAGACUGAGGAGAGCACCACAGUGAUCACCACACAGACUACUGAGAUAGGAGUUGCCGAGAGGACAGUCACAGAGCUGAGACAUACGAUCCAGUUCUUAGAGACUGACCUGGACUCAAUGAGAAAUCUGAAGGCCAGUUUGGAGAACAGCCUGAGGGAGGUGGAGAUGCAUUAUGCCACGCAGGUGGAACAACUCAGUGGGAUCCUCCUGCACCUGAAGUCAGAGCUGUCCCAGAGCCGGGAAGAGGGGCAGUGCCAAGCCCUGGAGUAUGAGGCCCUGAUGAACAUCAAGGUCAAGCUGGAGGCUGAGAUUCCUACCUACUGCUGCCUACUGGUAGAAGGGGAGGACUUCAAUCUUGUUGAUGCCCUGGACAACAGCUACUCCUUACAAACCAUCCAAAAGAUCACCACCCGCAGGACUGUGGAUGGCAAAGUGGUGUCUGAGGGGAACAACAUCAAAAUUUUGAGGCAUUAAAGACAGUAGAAGUGGGACAUCCCUUGAUGGGUCAGGAGGCCAAAAAAUAUUUCAGAGUUCAUUGAACAUUAAAAAAAAAAAAAAAGAAUAGUUACCAUAUGAUCCAGCUCUCUCCCCUGGGUAUCUACCUGAAAAACUCAAAAACAUGCACUUACAAAAAUAUAUGCACCCCUAUAUUCAUUGCAGCAUUAUUCACAGUGGCCAAGACAUAGAAACAACCAGUUCCUUCAGUAAAUGAAUGGAUAAAGAAUAUGUGGUACAUAUAUACAUUGGAAUUCUACUCAGUCAUAAGAAAAGAUGUAAUAUGGCCAUUUGUGCCA